AAAAAAGAAGAGGAACAGCUAGCCACUUAAUUAAUGGACAGUUUGCAGCCGAUUAGCAAGAGGAAUCAAGAAAAAGCGAAAUCCUGCAAAUGACAAAAUAAAAAUGCGGCGACAGGCAACAGACACCCAGGAUUCAGUCCAGGAUUGUGUUCCCUACCCGUCGCUGCCUGCAGACCACGUACUUUACUCUGGAGCUGUUCUCUUCCCAGGUGCUUUUGACCCUCAUGGCUGCCCCUUGUUUGUGUUCCCGGUGGAUGGGCAUGCAAGACUCCCUGAACUCAGCAAGGGAGAGGUGGUGGAUUUCAUCAAAUACUUCCAUUGUCUUUACAAGAAGCAGCAUCAUAGGGACACUUUGUUGUCGGUGGUGGCCGACCUUAGCAAUGCUUGCCUUUUUACAGCCAACUUCAUUGCAGACAUUUUGCUUCUGCUCGAGAAUGCCAAGAGGACCGUCAACACGGUAUAUAUGGUUCAGCCCAAAAGGAAAGAGGUUGUGAGGUCGCUGCAGAAGAUCUUGCUUCCACAGACUCACUGUACUUUUAAGGUUGUCCUCUUGAAUGAGGAGUGUGAUCUUAGUGACUAUAUUGACAGAAGCCAGCUGCCAACAUGGCUGGGAGGCUCCCUUACUUAUUGCCAUCAGAGCUGGGUUCCUUUCAUUAAGGAGAUUGACACUUUUGUCCAGGAGUUUAUUUCCGUGGUAAAGAGGAUGCCAUUAUGCAUUGCUAGCAUGCGGGCUCUGUGCAGGUUGCCCUUGCCCACCACCUUCAGAGACCUCCAUCAGUUCUGCUCUUUCAAUGAAGCCAAAUUCCAUCAGCUCAGAAGUGACCUGAGGCUGGAUGACUUGCUGAGGCACUGUGGAAGGCUGGUGGUGAAACUUCAACAUCCAGAGAAGGAGCCGCACUAUCACGCCAUGGUUGGCACUGCAGUAUUCACGCAUACCACUCGUGAUAUGCUACAGAACUUCCAAAGGCUAACUGCAGCUGCGGAUGUAGUGGACCAGUUGUGGCAGCAGGCCUUUUCUCAUCCUCGUCACCUGUUAAAGGUUUUCCAGCUGCGAGAGGAAGCACAGCUGAUCAUGGAAAAGAUUGAGUGUCUACUGCAAAACACACUCCCGUCAUACAAAGUAGAGAUUGCCAAGGAUGCUGCAAUGGCAGGGAAGUUGGUGACUGAAUUUAAGACAUCUGUUCACGCCCCUGCCAUGGAUCUUGUGUGCUGUGCUGAAGAUGUGAUGCAGACACUCGCUGAGAUGCUGCCAUUGGACAGUGACCGCAGGGAGCCAUGGAUUCUGGAUCUGGAGAGACGCAAGGAAAAGCUCCACUUUUCUGUGCAGUACAUUCUACAAACCCUAAGAGCCGUUUCCUGCUACUAUCGUCACUACCACAAUGCCCAAAACUGGUACAGUCGUGUUCUUUCUGAGAACAUCCUGCAGGAGCUUCUGUCAGACAUGGAAGUGGAUGAAAUGUCCAUGCGACGGCAAAGGAACUAUGAAACUAUACCUGCAUGGAAGUGGAAGCUGUCUUUGUUCCUGAAAAAGAACCCCCCUCCACAUUUAGAAGCACUACUUCAUCUGGCCCAUCUGUCUAAAAUGGUUCCUGAUGAUGAGCUUCAGCAGGCAGGCAAGCAGAUUUCUCAAAGGUGCAUGACCCUCAGGGAACUACUGGUUUCUUCCAGCCCUGUGAGUGUUGGCCACCUACGACUGGCACUGAAAUGGCAAUACGAGUUAUUGCAGCACCGACAUGUCCGAAAGUUCUCCGAAAGCCAAACGACAAACAUCACAAGUGAGCAUGUCCAGGAUGUUAAUUACCAUCAAGUUAAGGAGACUGACGUCUUGAGAGCAUCUCCUCCCACUGCAUUUUCUCGAAUAGUGUCGGCAGAGAGUAACCACGGCUCAUUUGAUUCUGGUUCUGUUGGAGCUGAGAUCAAUAAGCAUACUUGCAGAGGGAGGGAGGGAUUAGGUCUUUUCGAUUCAUUUUGCUCCAGAAAUUCUGCUGCUUUAAGCUGGUUGGAAACCCACAAAACAGACCAAGCACACAAAAAGGACUUCAACUCUGUGGGAAACUCCAAGAUGGCCGGUAUCCAAAUCCACCCUAAAACAAUGGAGGCCCACAACUUUGAACUAAAAGUGAAUCACACAGCUGCUUUGUCCAACAAUCUGUACCUGAACUUGGCUGGAGAUGAUGUGGAAGAUUCCGUCUCUAUCCCGAAGAACAGCAAGAGAGAGUUUAGUAGUCCCUCAGACCCUGGGAUUACGAGCAAGCAGUCAAACAUGUGCAGAGACCAGCCUACACAGACAGAGAUAUUAAGCAGUACACAGCCGAAAAGGACACAACCUUGCAAUUGGAAUGUUGGUUCACAAGUCAGUUUAGGGGAUCCUCAACUCAGUCCUAUUUGCAAAGUUCUUUCCAGCACCAUUACAGAUGGAAGAGAUCAGUCCUUCUGCACCAUGGAAGGAAUCCAGACUCUUCUCUGGGAUUCUUAUGACCUACAUCAGGGAUCCAUCAAUAGUGGGAUUGAUGUCUCCAUAAAGGACUGUCGUAUGAAAGAGCAUAAAGGAUUAGAGCUGGAGAAGACGGACCAACCUCCUGAAAUAUUGGAAGAGGAAGACGAGGUUCUUGCCCUGAUCAUGCUGGAAGACAGGCCAGUGUGGGACAAUGAAAUGCACUUUUGUUUGAUGUCAUCCACUCACUUGGUUGAAGAUGCUUUUCUUGGUCUUGAAGACUGUGUGGACCAUGCAGAACUCCUGAACUUGAGCAGCUCCAGAUUAUCUGCUUCAGAAGUUGAUUCUAAAGCAUCCAUAGGCGGGCGUUUUACUGAAACCACAGUGGUAGCAGAAGGAACCUUUUACAGGCCCAACCUGAUGACAGAGUCGAGGGUGGUCCAAGUCACACAGGACCUGAUCAUGCAAGACAAGGUAAACGUUCAUGAAACUGGAUUCUGCAACGAAAAACAGAGGAGAACCAGAGAGGAUUUCUGGAAACGAGAAGCAGAGAACAACUUUGACAUGAGUUUGGACCCAGAAUGUAAAGAGAAGAUCAAGAGAAGAACUCUUAAAAGUCAUUGGAGGGUAACUGAUUCAAAUCAAGCAGUGUGUGACAAGCUGUCAGCAGGUCUUUGCCACAGAUCCUGGAGAUCACAUUCUGCAGCAGUGCUGGAAGAUGUUGGUAAGACUGAAAUUGCUCAAACUGAUUCAAGUAUGGAAGGGAAGACUGGGAUGCAAGAUAUGGAUCAACGUUCAAAAUGUGAAAGUCCUUACUGCCGUCAGCCAUCUACAAAUAUGAUGGUCUAUCCUAUGGUCUGUGUUUCUGCUGAGAAUGAUGCUAUAGAUCAACAACAAUGUUUCUUAAUGCUUCGAACAAGAUCAGAUUGUGCAUUUGACCCAGGCGGAGCCUCUCAUCUUCAUGUGCCCCAGUCAUGGAGAGCCAAUCUCAGCAAACAUGACACUCAUUCUUUUGAGAUGAUCAGUUCACCUCAAUCCGCAGUGGCCAAGCAUCUCUUGCCGCUACAAAGAAACUCUUUUUUGUCCGUGUCUGAAGAAAAUCCUGGCCAUGCUCUCCGAGAGAACGGAAAAGUGUGGUUAGAUUGCAGCAACUCCUCUGACAUGAGCCAUAAAGAAGAUGCCGUGUUAGUGGUACCUUUGCAGAUAUGGCCUAACACAUUCUGGAACAUGUGUGUUGAUGUUGAGCAUCAGCCAGUCCUGCUGACUCUGGUUGGGCGUUUCAACGUUUGUUACACGGCCGUGCAGGCAGUACUCACUCUUGAAUUACAAAGACACCAUGGUUUUCCUACAAUUGAGGGGUAUGUUCUCCCUCAUGCAGUCCACCACUUCCAUACGUCUCAUGUAACUGUCACAGUGCGUCUUAAAAAGAAAGAGGAUGGUUGCAUGUGCACUUCUGCACAAAUGGAAACAGAGAGGAACAUGGAGAGAACCUGUUGCGCGGCUCUCAAAAGUCAUGUCCUGGCUCAGCGGGGGUUGCCCUACUGCUGGAUUAUCCCUGUGACCACAGAGCAGUUCAGGUAGGGACACCGUGCCUCUGGUCUCCAUAACUCUGAGGCAUCUUGGAGAAAUGGUGUGGAAACUAGACUGCCUCAUCUCUGCAAAGAUCAGUCAGGAAGAAUGUUCGAAACAAACUCUCUGCAGGAAAUGUUUCUAAGAGACUACC